AUGUCCCUCCUGCGCCCCUUCUCAGCGUGCGACCAGUUCGCCUUCAACGCGAUCAAUCUGGACCUCUGGACGGAGACUUAUGGCGUAGGGUACUACGGGCAUUACCUUAGUACUUGGCCUGAUUUAUUCACGUCAGUGAAUCGUUGAUAUUCCGAAUGCUUGGGCCUCAGAUGGGAGCUGAUGAGUGCUGGAGCGUGAUUUGAACGUGAGCAGUGUCGUCGAAUCGGCUGGGGGAAAGGGGAGGAGAGAUGCGUCGAGAGGGAUAGGUGGUGAGGGCGGUGGAUUGAUGGGUUAUGGUGAGUGGAUACUUCAUAUCCCUAUACAACGCAGAAGGGAGGAGGAUGCGGGGCAGAGCUCUGGCAAGCUUAUGCGAAGCUGACCGCGAUUCGUUCUGGAUGUGUGCUGCAGUGAUGGGCAAGACGGAGGGAAGGGGAGAGGAAUGGCAGUGAGUGACAUAACAGACGUGUGCUCUCAUUCUGUUGGCCAAUCGCAUCCGUCCGCUUACAUCUCCUGAUCUGUCCUCCUUGCGGUACUUACUCGUUGCCUAGUGGUCACGUGUCGGCCAUCACUGUUUCACCGGCGCAUCGACGACUGGGACUCGCGUCGAUGAUGAUGGAGCUGCUUGAGCGUGUUUCGGAUCAGCAACACGCAUUCUUGUACGGUCACUACACGGCUCUUCAGCGUGGGCUGGUUGAAGAGUAUGAAGAGGAAGAAAAGAUCUGACGGUCUUCUCUGAUUUCACCUCUGGUGACAUUCGCAGUGUCGACUUGUUCGUGCGAGUCUCCAACAACCUCGCCAUUGGAUUGUAUGAAACUCUAGGGUAUAUCGUGUACCGCAGAGUCAAGGAGUAUUACGGCGGAGGGCCGGGCCAAGCCGAUGAGGACGGGUUCGGUGAAUUUUCCCUUCUCUCCGUCCUCGGUCCGAAGAACACCUCAUUGCUUUUCUGUGCUGAUUCUGGCUUUCCACACGACUCAUUUUAGACAUGAGAAAACCGAUGUCCCGGGAUCGACAACAUAAGUCGAUCAAAAUUCCGAACGGCAUACUUGAUGGCAGGGACUAUGAAGUCCGACCCGAGGAUGUGUACUGGUAG